UACGACACGUCGUUUCCCUCUUCUAUUCAUAAUUGUUUCGAUUGAAAAUUGUAGGGUUUCUUUUUGGCUGAAUUUGGGGCUUUUUUCUGGGUUGUGCUUGAAAUUGGGUUUUUUGGGGGCAGCUGUCAAGCGAUUCGGGUGUGAAAAUGGAUUCGGAAGCGCAAAAUCCAUCGCAAGUGCUUGCUACACUGCUCAGCAAGAGAACCAAGCUUCAAGACGAACUCAGAGGAAUUGAGAAACAGGUCUAUGAUCUAGAGACUACGUAUCUGCAGGACCCGAGUCAAUGUGGCAAUGUAUUAAAAGGGUUUGAAGGGUUUCUAUCUUCAUCAAAGAGCACUGCCUUCCUGAAGCGAUCUAGGAAAUUUCAACCUGAAGACAGGCUCUUCUCAUUAUCUUCCGUGACAUCACCAGCAGCUGAAGAGCUUACAGCUGGACGAGAUGAUGGGAGAUCAGACUUUGGUCCCGGCCGUUCUAAAGGGGGUAUAUACGCGAAUGGGCAAGGAAAACCGAAGAAAGGAAGACCUACUCCAAGAGAUGCAAAGAGAAUCAGGCCGUCGAGUGAACAAGAUUAUGACUAUGAAGAUGAUCCUGAUAUGAUGUGACCGAGGAAAUGCCUGGUGGCGUUUCCCUACGAGCUCUGCACGGGGCAGCUAGUUAGCUAGAGUUUUAAACAGAGAUAUAGCUUUUGUUUCAAAGUUUUGUUGUGGCAGAACUUCUCAGUAAAGCAUAGCCCCCCCUUUCACUCGUGUAAUUUAACCCUAUGUCAGGCUGUAAAUGAUUUCUCCUCGAUUAAAAUUAGUUGUUUCUGCUCAAGUUAUGUUCAAGAAUAGAUCUAUAUGCUCUGUAAGCACUUUGGAUAUGCAAGCAGCAUGGCUGUAGAAUCACUUUUCCGUUA